AUGUCUUUAGACAGCGACUUUUCCUACGACGCGUCGGCGCAAAAUCUCAAUCCUCGGCGUGCACCUGUUCCCUCUGGAGACCGGCCUCCGUAUCCGCUACAGCAGUAUGUGAGGCCGGAAAUCACUCGACAAACUGGGAAAUGGGGUUACAACGGUACUCCUUAUCCGACUAUGCAGGGAUAUCAAAGCCCAAACUUCGGCGGAGGUGUUGGUGUCGGCGAUGCGACUGACCGUCAUGGGCCGGGCACGGUGGAUUAUGGGCAGAGAUACCCGGUGGCCCAAGAAGACUACCCCAACGUAGCUACUCAACACCAGCCUCAAAAGUACGAGCAGCAGCAAACCUACCGUCCGCAACAGACAAGUCACGCACAGCAGUACUACACACAGGGACAGCCCGUCUCUACGUACACGGCCCCGACGUACACGGCCCAGGCCCUGCCUCCACAAACCUCGUCGGCCUACAUGACUCCCGCGUACACGGCUUCUGCCCCGGCUACCCAAACGUCAGAGUACUACAAGCCGUCGCCUCCACAGAGGGCACAAUCGCUAGCCCGCCAGCCAAGUGUGGACAGUUUCGGGGGACAGCCCCCAGCACAGCAGAGGACGAAUGUUGGGCAAGGGUUUCAGCAAACUUCGGGCGUGGACCAGAGUUAUCAGUACCCUAGUCGGAUCCAACCUUCAGCGCUGGCAUCUUCGUCGCAACAGUCCACCGUAUUUCCACAGGCAUCUGCGGGACAUGCCCAAGGUGCUCGGUCAACGGCUCAGUUGGCACUGUUGGAACACAAUCGGCAGGAACAACUCAAACUCUUCCAACAGCAGUCGCAGAGGGACCAACAGUUGCAGGAGGAGAGGGAGCAGCAGUUAUGGAGAGAGAAACAACAGAGGGAGCAGCAGCAGAGAGAGCGGCAGCAGAGAGACCAACAGCAGAGAGACCAACAGCAGAGAGACCAACAGCUGAGAGAGCAGCAACAGAGAGAGCAGCAGCGGAAAGAGCAGCAGCGGAAAAAGCAGCAGCUGAGAGAGCAGCAACAGAGGGAGCAACAGCUGAGAGACCAACAGCCGAGAGACCAACAGCUGAGAGACCAACAGCUGAGAGACCAACAGCUGAGAGACCAACAGCUGAGAGACCAACAGCUGAGAGAGAAGCAACAGAGGGAGCAGCAGCUGAGAGACCAACAACUACAGCGAGAGCAGCAGCUACAGAGAGAGAAAGAAUGGGCGAUUGAAAAAGCCCGGCACCAAGCCUCGAUUGUGCAACCUCCCACCUCUUUGCCUCCUCCGAUUAUACCUGUCCCUCCGGCAGAGCAGGGACAAGCGAAGUCGCCGACGCCGGUGCUGCGCUCGAAGAGCGUGCCCGUACCACCGAUGGUUAAGAAGCCUCAGAAGCCUCAGCCACGGCUAUAUCUCCCCGAGCCAGCUAAGCCUCGCGUUACUCCCGGACCGGUCGUGCCUGCUUUCGGUACUUCACAAGCUCCUCAAUCUAUCCAGGCUUCUCAAGUUUCUCAGGCUCACGGAGCUCCUCAAGCUCCUCGGAGUCAUCUUGCUCCCCAAGCGACUCAUGUGCCUCAGGCUCCUCAGGCUAAGGCCCCCCGUACUGCUGGUGCUCCUCAAGCUCUCCAACCCCCUCGGACCCCUCCGACUGCUCAAUCUCAUCCAGCUCCCCAAACCUCUCAAGACCGCCCGGUAUCCCAAGCUCCCAAGGCUCCUCAGGCUGCUCGGAGUCAUCCGACCCACCAAACGACUCAGGUGGUUCCGGCCCCUCCGCCUGUUCAAGCCGCAGCUAUCCCAGUUUCCGAGAAGCAGCAGCAGCCCCAGCAACCAGUGAUCGUGACAGGCUCGUUGCCAGUGACAGGCGCUGCUGUUAGUGGAGUGCCUAAACAGGAACUAGAUGUUCACGGAUAUCUUGCUAUGCUCAGGACGAGUGACCCUACUCUCUAUAACUCAAUUAUUUCGGAUGCCCUGAGGAAUCAGUCACCACUCAUUGAGACGCUACAAACCUUACAAUUGCCUGUAUCCACUCCCGUUGCACAGCCUGCUACCCCUAACCAGGCCGAAGCUCUGCAACUUGCCCCACAACAGCAACAGCAGCUUCAGCCUGUGCCUUCUCCCGCUGGGAAAAUUGCUACUUCACACCAGCCACAACCUCCGCGACAGGUUCCGCGACAGGUUCCGCAACAGGCUCCACAACAGGCCCCGCAAAAGGCCCCGCAAAAGGCUCCGCAACAGGCUCCGCAACAGGCUCCGCAACAGGCUCCGCAACAAGCUCCGCAACAGGUUCCUCCGCAACAGGCUCUUCCGCUGCAGCAGGUUCCGUGGGCAUCACAACCGCCACAGAUAUCGCAUUUGCGACCAGCUCAACCUUUGCAGCAGUCUCGGAUUUCCGCCCCUGCGAUCGGUGGUUCUGUUUGCCAGCCUUCUGCUCCAGGUCAAACGCUCCAGGCACCACAUGGAGUCACAACGCCAUCGCAGAAGCGGCCACUGCCGGUCGCGGACAUUGAGGUGCUCGCAGCAGCGGCAUGUGCAUUCCAUCUGACCAAAGGGGUAUCCGUUCUAGUCGAGACGAUCAAGCAGUUGCUUCGGGACGCCAACGAUUUCGACAUCAUGUGUGCAUACUUCGACACUCUAGGGCACUUGUACGAUAGAGAUAGAUCAACUCCGGGGUCCAGGACAUGCCGGAGAUACCCCGAGCGGUGUUCGGAGCGGGAGGAGGGCUCAAGGAAGCUCGACAGUCGUAGUCACACCUCCAUCAGGACCCGCGCAGAUAAAUUCUACGGCAGCCCAGCUGAAAUGGCAAUAACAGCAAUGUCAGCACCACCCGAAAACAUCGUGGUUCUCGACGACUCUCCCCCUCCGCCAGCAGCGGCCGAAUAUUUGGCCCCGCCGGAGAUGGCUUGCAUGGAUAUCGACAAUCACUCUCCCAGUAACGGUGGCGGCCAAGUGCACACUGAUGGUAUCACACUCUCCGGACUAGGAACGGAGACCCCCCCAAGCAUCGUCCCAGCUUUAAGCGGAGGAGGCCCUUCGCUGCGCGAUCCAAACGCACAACAUAUUGGUUCGAUGCAGUGGCCGCAGUUCAAUCAGCCACUAGCCAAGGUGAUCUCCAGAAAGAAAGCUGCAAGGGUGUCCAAAUACGAUCCAGCCACCAUCGCGCGCGACAUCCUGAUAGCCGCACGCAGGCAUCCAACCGAGCGUGGACUCAACGACCAUCUGCUGCCUCUCAAGGAGAACUUAGGCCUCGAUUGGAGCUGCGAUCUCUCCACCAUCAGAUGGGAUCUCGUCGACCCAAACCCUAUUCUUCUCGAUGCUGCCGAUGGAGAAGUUGAGAUGGAUGGUGCGCCUAUUGCGUUGUCGACACCAGUCAUCUCUAAGAAGCGAGCUCGCAACCAUGCUCGUAGAUCUGCACCGGGAGGCCAAGCUUCGGAAGUUGCCGCUACACCAAAAGUCCGUGGCAUCAAAAAUGCGGCUCCUGUACCACAUAGCGCGCCGUCAUACCGCGCUUCUUCGCGUCGUGCAACCAACUUUGAAACGCAACCCAUCUUCAUCGACUCAUGUCCAGAGUCCUCAACUUCGCCGAUGACCUCAGAACAGCCAGCCAAGCGACGCCGAACGCAGGACACAGCGAGCUCUUUCACUCCGUCGAAUUCCCGCGCUCGCAAAUUCAAGCGAUUCGGCUGCAAAUGGAAGGACUGUGCUGCGGAACUCCACAAUAUCGACAAUCUCAAGCGCCACCUCUUGACUCAUAAGCAGGGCAGUUUUGACAGGGACCGGUUCACGUGCAACUGGCUCGGAUGCGCUCGGCCACUUACAAAGAAGCAGAAAGCGAUGGCCGGCGAACACCCACCGAUAUUGUUCGAGUUUGCAAGCGAGCAGGAAUGGGCAGCCCACCUCGACGUUCAUACCGAUGCUGUUAUGCAGAGUUUCGGAAUGGGACCAGCAGUAUUACUGUCAGACCCGGAAUCGGGUGUCUCGGAUGUCGACUACCUCUCCGACCACGCCGGCAAUCAGAUCACGCCAAUCGCUUCGGCCUCGACACCGCUCCACAAAUUCUUGCCGCCGCCUGGAUUCCCAAUGACGAAGCUUUUCAAAAUUGCCCAUGGAAUCAACUCGCCGAAAACUGCGCGUGUGACGAAGGCGCAGCGCCAGCUGUGCGAUCGCUAUGGCACGCUGGGUGCUGGCACGUUAGGAGGCCAGAUUGGCGAUCUGCUGGAUACCGACUGGCAGGCUCUACUCAACGACACGCACAUGCGAAUCGUCAAAAGUCCUUUCCAGAAGCCAUCUUAG